GCCCCUGAAGGUGUCAUAACUGUGCUCUCUCCCUCUCGCUCUCUAUCACCGCCUUUCAGAUCUUUAAAAGCCGCUGCUUUGCCGUUUCUCACUCGUUCUCGGUUUUGUAUCCUCUGGCACUGCAGGGGGACUCACCAAGCAAAGCUGAAAAAAGCCAGCGCAGAAACAGAGAGAGGGGAAAGAGACUUCCAGAAAUAGCAUCAGCCACGUACGACAGGACUGAGCAUGGAGAACCUGAGACCUGGACGCAAGAUGUCUUUCCUUUCCAACUUGACGGCCGUUGUCCUGUUGCUGGUCGUCCACUGUGGAUCCUGGUGUCUGGCGGGUCGCUUGGGCCCCCACAAAAACUGCCCGACGUGCAAAGAUGGGCACUUUUCGGGUGCAGGUCGGGCCUCCAGGGACCCGGCCGGGGCGGCCAGCACCACCGUGCUGGCGUUGGGGGAGCCCUGCGGGGUGUACACCCUAAGCUGUGCCAGGGGGCUCCGCUGCAUACCCCCUCCGCGGGAACACAGCCCCCUUCAGGCUCUGCUGCAGGGCAGAGGCUUCUGCGCCAAACACAGCAGAACGAGUCCCACCGAGAGGCCCCGCCCCACAGGGCCACAUCCUUCACACAGUAAUGAAAUGGAAAAGGCUCCAUGUCGUAAGCUGCUCAACAGUGUCUUGCGGGGUCUCGAACUCACCAUUUUCCAGUCUGAUCGUGACAUCUACAUCCCAAACUGUGACACUCGUGGCUUCUACAGGAAAAAGCAGUGUCGGUCCUCAAAGGGCAUGCAGCGCGGCCACUGCUGGUGUGUGGAUGAACUGGGCAACACCGUGCCAUCACGUGCUGGGGAGGAUGGCAUUUUACCAUGUGACGGAGAGUGAGGGGAGCGAGGGUCCCGCAGCUCUGAGCCUGGAGGAAGAGGAAGAGGAGGGGUACAACGGGGAGAGGGGAUGACUUCAGCUUGGUGCAAGACACUGCCUGACCAGGACACACCAGGGAUAAACCACUUCAACAUGGGAACGGGCCCUCACUCCGAACGUCCAGACCACGUUCACUGCCAUAAACUCGAACAUUAUGAAUAAGACAGCGUCAGAAUACAGAAAUAAUGACCACUACACCACAUGAGCUUAAGUCGGUUGUUACAGAGAUAUUUCAUUUCUGGUCCUACAGUGCAAGUACUGGUUUUGGUGGUUAAUGGGGACAAAGAUUUGUAUGGGUAUGACCUAGGUAUUACAAUGUUGAGGUGGUUUAUGAGGACAUGCCUUGUGUCCUUGUAAUUCAAUAAUGUUAAACUUCAUACCUAAUUUACAGUGAGGAUUGGGUUUAGGGUAUGGGGUAGGGUAAAUAAAAAAUAAAGUACAUCCAGGUAGUUUUUAAAUGCAGAAUAAAGCUUGAUAAACUGAAAACAACCAGCUGGAUGUAUUUCAUCCCGCUUGGCUACCUGCCCAAAAAUGUAAAAAUUAGACACAAAACAUUGUUCUGAACUAUAAUAGUUUAUUAAUUCCUUAAUUAAAGGCAAAGCUGACAGAAACAUAAAUGGCUGAAUGGAGAAUACACCAAUCUACAUAUUACUCAGCCAUAAGAUGGCGCCAAAUGUGGAGGGCUGUUUUUUGAGACUGAAGGUCUUUUCACUUUAUUCUGUGAAAACAACCGCCUAGAUGUACUUUAUCCCACUUAUUAUAUGGAUACUUGCCACAAAAUGUAAAAAAUUAGGCACUAAACAUUGUUUUGAGGUAUAAUAGUUUAUUAAUUCUUUAAUUAAAAGCAAAGCUGACAGAAAUGAAAACGGCUGAAUGGAGAAUACACUGAUCUACAUAUUAUUCAGCCACAAGAUGGCGCCAAACAAUGGAAGGCUGUUUUAUGAGACUGAAGGGUUUCAUUCUGUGAAAACAACCGUCUGGAUGUAUUUUAUCCCAGUUAUUACAUGGCUACCUGCCACAAAACAUAAAAAUUAGACACCGUACAUUGUUCAGAGCUAUAAUAGCUUAUUAAUUCUUUAAUUACAAGCAAAGCUGACAGAAAUUAAAAUGGCUGAACGGAGAAUACACUAAUCUACAUAUUAUUCAGCCACAAGAUGGCGCCUACUGAAGAGGGCUGAAUUAUGAGACUGAAGGGCUUUAUUUUCUGAAAACAACCACUUGGAUGUACUUUAUCCUGAUUAUUAUAUGGAUACUUGCCACAAAAUGCAAAAAUUUGUCAUAAAAAAUGGUUUCGAGUGAUAAUAGUUUAUUAAUUAUUAAAUUAAAGGCAAAGCUGACAAAUGAAAACCGGUGAUUGGAGCAUACACUAACCUAUGUAUUAUUGAAUCACAAGAUGGCGCCAAAUAGCUGUGGAGACAGACAAGCAUUUAUUGUAGCACCAAGAUGAGACUGUCAUCAAUUUCAGUGGAUGAAAUCUCGGAGUAACAUACGUAACUUUGGAAUUUCGAAACAGACCAAUCAGAAUCAAGUAUUUCAGACAGUCGUGUAAUACGGCGAUAUAAUAAGCGUUUUUACCAUAUAAAAUAUAUCACGCCUAUGGAAAAUCCUCAUAAACCACCAAAACCAAAGUGUGUGUGUGUAUGUGUGUGUGAUAGUAAUCCGUGCCUAUGUUUGUUUCUCAAUGUGCUGUUAUACAGUUUAAGCAGAUGGGGUGAUUUUGUUUUUGAACCGUCCCCUCUCCCCUUCUCCAGUGAUACACUGACUAAACUAUACAUUUACCUUCUUCAUCUAAUUUAUUCUGGAGUAUUAUUAAUACAUUUCCUCAAAUACUUCCCAUCGAGGACUUGCAUAUCCUUUUGAAUCGUUCACAUUGUCAUGUAAUCCAAAUGCUAUCAUAAAUGUGCACGUCUGGGAAAUACUCCAUUUUUCUUUUUCGUUCAUACGACACUCUGACUGCAAACACGCAUCGUGGAUUGUUUGUACAUAAGUGAGUUUUUUGUGGUUGGUUGUGUCAUGAGGUGGAAUAUUCUUGAAUGCUGAUGGCUGUUACCUUUUUUGAGAAGUGGUUAGGCAUAUUUUUAUAUAUUUCAAUAUGCUAUUUUAUAUAUAUAAAAAUAUAUAUAAAUUGUCGAUUUAUUUAAUGAACUACAAUGCCAUGUAUUUUUAUAUUGUCAGCAGUUUUUCAUUGUCAAAACAGAGCUUAUUUUAUUUGCUAAGAGAAUGAGAGCACCGUGGUUGGUGGCACCAUAACAAAGGGAUUAAAACACACACAAUGUAAACCCCCUUUAGAGAGCGUUUACUGCUGUACAUGUGUUUUUAUAUGAUUAUUAUUAUUUUUAUUUCAUGUCAUGGUUGUUUCGUUAUUUAUGUUGUUAUGCUGAUCCUUCAGUAUUGGAAAGUGUUACUAUAUCGCUUCAUUUUCAAUAUUUCAGAUUGUUUUCUGGGUAUUUUGUUCAGAUCUUUGUUUUCUCAUUCCCACAAUGCAUUGAGGAAAAAAAAGUGCAAAAAAUAAUGUCUGAUCAAUGUCCCUCACACUGAUUUUGUUGUAUCAAUAUAUGUGCCAGUAUUUGUGGCUCCUUAAAAAGGAGCCCAUCGCAAAAAGUAUGUGUGCAAGAACUAUGAGACAAAAAAAUAAACAGAUACAAAGAAAAAUAAA